AGCUCGCCAGACGUCGCUUCCUCUCAUCGAGCUACAAAAAAUGAAUGAGCGCUGCGUCAAGCGCGCAGUUUUAGAUCAGAACUCGAAAGAGAAAGGUUUCGAAUUUUUACAGAUCAGCUCAGAAGAAUUUCAAUCAUGUCUUUGGAUGAAAAAUUUAACUCUGCCGCCGCCUCCGUCAAGGAUAUGAAAAAUCGUCCUAGCGACUCCGAACUCCUCGAGUUGUAUGCUUUGUACAAGCAGGCCACCAUCGGAGACUGCAACAUUGACCAACCAGGUGCACUGGACCUGAAAGCCAAAGCAAAGUGGGAAGCAUGGAAUGGAAAGAAAGGUAUGUCUCAAGAUGCAGCUAAAGAAGCUUAUGUGUCCUGUGCUAACACCCUCACCACUAAGUACUGAGCUUACAUCUGCAGAUCUUCAUUUCCUGUCUCAGAGACAAGAACAGAUAAAAAAGAUAUCCUUAAAAAGAUACGAUUCGAAGCAAAAAAAAAAAAAAAUAUUAUAAUUUAUUGUAUAAUCCGAUAACCGGAAAAUAUAUAAUUGUUUACUCAUGCGUAUAUAAAAAAAAGUACUUAACUGUAAAAAGUAAAGCAAUGAACAAGAAUAAUUGCUAUUUUAUGUUUAAUUUUAAAGAAUUUUAAAUAAAUUUUAAAAGAAUUAGUAUUCAUUGACUAACAUUUUAUCUGCAUUUCGUUAAAAUUAUCUUUUUAAAUCAGUAUUAUUUUGCCAUGUGAAAAAUUGGCUUUGUCUGUCUAGUCUCUUCUCAUUUCUCUUGAUUUCACUUCUUAUCACAUAAAAAAUAAAAUGCUGUUUUUUCAUACAUAACUGUUCCUAAGAUGCAUCUAUAUGAAU